AUGGUAAGCCGCGAAAGCAUCCCCUCUUUCUGUUUCUCUUGCAGACUCACUAACAAACAGAAAGGUGGAUUCAGAGCUUCCAUGUUCAUCUUUGCCUUGACAGCAUUAGAGAACAUGGGUUUUGUUGCCAACAUGAUUAGUUUGGUCCUCUACUUCCUUGGUGUCAUGUACUUUGACAUACCUACUGCUUCAAACACUCUCACAAACUUCAUGGGCGCAACUUUCCUGCUCUCCCUCGUCGGUGGCUUCAUUUCCGACACUUUCCUCAACAGAUUUCAUACUGUUUUGCUCUUUGGAGCAAUCGAGAUCCUGGGACUGGCGUUGGUGACAAUUCAAGCUCGAUACAAAAGUUUGCAUCCAGAAUAUUGUGGUGGCAAGCCAAGUUGUGUGGAAGGUAGAAUAGCAGUAAUGUUGUAUGCCUCCCUGACCUUGUUGGCAUUGGGUUCAGGUGGAGUCAGGGGAGCUCUUGUAGCACUUGGUGCUGACCAAUUUGAUAAAAAAGAUCCCAAGGAAGCCAAGGAUCUUGCAACCUUCUUCAAUUGGCUUACGCUCAGCACAGUCAUGGGAGCUGCUGUAGGAGUCACUGGCAUUGCUUGGGUUAGCACUAAAAAAGCAUGGUAUUGGGGGUUUUUCACAUCAACUGUUGCAGCCUUUGUUGGGUUUGUUGUUCUUGCCUUUGGAAAGCCUUUCUUCCGCCUCCACGCCCCCGGAGACAGCCCCAUCUUAAGGGUUGCCAAGGUUAUUGAAGGGGCAAUUAAGAACAGAAAGUUACCACUACCUGAUAAACCUGAAGUUCUGUACGAAAACAAUGAUAAAGAAUCAACCGAGGAAAAAAUAGGUCACACAAACCAAUUCAGGUUCCUAGACAAAGCAGCCAUUGUCACUCAAGGGUCAGAGGCAGCAAUUUGCACAGUGACACAAGUGGAAGAAGUGAAGAUUUUGACAAGAAUGCUGCCCAUAUUAGGCAGCACCAUUAUAAUGAAUACAUGUUUAGCACAACUUCAGACAUUCUCGGUCCAACAAGGGAGCAUAAUGGAUCUCCAUCUUGGAUCCCUGAAGGUUCCUGCUGCAUCAAUUCCUGUGAUUCCACUGGUUUUCAUGUGUAUUCUCCUUCCGGCAUAUGAGUUCUUGUUCGUUCCUUUUGCCCGCAAGAUCACUCAUCAUCCUUCGGGGAUCACGCAGCUUCAACGCGUGGGAGUUGGACUAGUCCUCUCUGCAAUCUCAAUGGCUGUUGCUGGAAUAGUUGAAGUGAAGAGAAGGGAUCAGGACAAAAAAGAUAUAGGGAAUCCCAUAAGCCUAUUCUGGCUUUCUUUUCAGUAUGGGAUAUUUGGGAUUGCAGACAUGUUCAGUCUUGUUGGAUUGCUUGAAUUCUUCUACAAGGAAGCACCAGCAUACAUGAGGUCUCUGUCUACAUCCUUCACUUUUCUAUCACUGUCUUUUGGCUACUUCUUGAGCAGUGUGUUUGUGGAUCUUAUAAACGCCAUUACUAAGAGAGUAGCUCCAAGCAAAAAAGGGUGGGUAGAAGGGUCUAAGUUAAAUGAGAACAAUCUGAAUCUGUUCUAUUGGUUCUUAGCAAUUCUAAGCUGCCUAAACUUCAUAAACUAUUUGUAUUGGGCCUCUUGGUAUAAGUACAAAGCAGAAGAAGAUCAUCCUGAGCCUAAUUAUUACUAUAAGGCAACUGAUGCACCCUCUAGUCUUGCUAACACAAGUGAGGCACCUGCACCCACACCCUCUUCUCAGAAUCAGAAUCAGAAUGAUAUUGAUGGAGAAAAAGCUACCGAAGAAAACAAGGCUGCUGAUGAAACCUAGCUAGCUAGCUAGUUAUAUAUAUAUAUAUACAGAUUGAGUACUUGAUUUCUGUAGCAGCUACAAAUGGACUGGAAGAGACCAAGUAGUAGUGUAUUGUUUGCUUGGCUUUUGGGUUUGAUGAGUUUUGAGUUUUCAUGCUUCUUUGUGUUUUCAUUUAUUCUUCUUUUUCUUUUUUUUUUGUGUUUUUUCUCCGUCGAUCAUGUAAACAUAAGAUAACACUGACAUGAUUAUUGAAAAGUCAGUAAUUUUGUGUGAUUCCAAUGAAUGUGAAGA